AUGCUCAGUCGGUUUACGACCAAGGUGGAUCUAUGGAUGGAUCCGUGGCGUUAUAUUGUGGCGCGCCGAGGCCCUCUUCAUAGUAAUGAGUACAUGGCCAACAAGAAGCAGUUUAAUAUUGCGGAUAAGGCAUGGGGUCCGCACACUCACGACGGGUUUGCUCUUCUUGGCAACAACCACCUGCCGAA